AUAGUCUCUUUACUCUGCUAUCCUUUUCUGCUCUGUAUACCUCUCUAUCGAUCUCUUCCCCAUUACCAUCCAUCGCCGAAACGAUGAGCGGAUUCAAGAGAGUCGAUCAUCUCGAACCUUCUUCGUCUUUGUUCUACAGAGAAGCCUCUUUCUUCAGAUCCCAAGCCCCUUUCCUACUCCCAUUCUCUCCGUACGUCGCUGAAGACGAAGAGCUUGCUUUUACUCUCGAUCUCCUAAACCCUAAACCUACUUCCAGCCUCUUCGAUCUCUCUGCCCAAUGCCUCAUUUCUCCUCCUUAUGCCCCUCCGUCGCCUUUCGAUCUGUUCGAAACCGCGACGGAUCUUAUCCAGAUCGAGAGAACCCUCUUCUCCUCAUCCAUCCGGAGGUUCCAGGAGCGAAAGGACACGUCUUUCUAUCUGAAGAAUCUCGCCGACCGGGUCUCCGCCCUCGAGCUCGGGUUCGAUCGGGUGCUCAAUGGAAGGACCAACGGUGGAGAAAGGAAGUUCAAAUGGACAGCUGAGAUCAAGGCGCCGGAGAAGAAGAACGGCGUCGAUCGGAAGUAUACAUGGACGGCGGAGAUAAAGGGUGAGGGGCGUGACUUGGAGAAGAACUGCAAAUGGAUGGCUGAGUAUAAGGGAAAAGGGAAGGACUCUCCAGUCUCGCACACGUAUACUUUCAAGGCGUCCACGGCUCCUCCUGCUGGGUCCACCAAAGCUAGUAAGAAGGCUGCGAAGGAUUCGAAUGCCACCACACAUGUGGUGGAGAUUGAGGACACGGAUCGGCCGGCUGUUGCUUUAAGGCGGGCUUUUACUAGGAGGGCUGCUGUUGUUAAUAAUAGUAAGGGUAAGAAAAAGGACUUAUCACCACUAGAUGCAGCAUUGAUAAUCCAGAUGAGCUUCAGAGCUCACCUGGUCCGUCGAUCCCAGGUGCUUCGUGCACUUCGAGAUCUGGCAGUGGCCAAAGCUAAGUUGAAAGAGAUCAGAGCCCUAUUCUCAAAUUACUCCUAUCGCCGGCGCAUCACCGUUGACGCAGAAGAGCACCAGAGGUUCUCUGAGAAAAUUAUUGUUCUCCUCCUCACUGUUGAUGCCAUCGAGGGACCGGAUCAUAUAGUUCGAGCUGCGCGCAAGUCGAUUGUUGAUGAGCUGGAGGCCAUGCUUGAUGUGGUGGACCCACAGCCACCUGGGAAGUUGGGUUCAAUGAAGAGGAGGAGGUUUGAUCUGCCUGAGAAUGGACCCAUCAGUAAGGAAAUGGCGUCGGGUGUGGCGGAGGUGGUGCAGAUGCUUGAUGAAGAAGACCAUGGGAGCAGUGCUGCCUUCCGUGACUUGUGAAAACCAGAAAAAAAUGACCCUUCUAUUAUCACUGUUCUCCCCUUCAUCAGGUGAGGUGACAAAAGGACUUUUUGUGUCUUAUUAUUAUCAUGGGGGCUGAAAGAGCAUGGGCAUUAGGAAUUGUAGGCUUUGUUGAAUCUUGUUGUUGAUAGGGAACUGGAACUUUUGAGGGAAUGGUUUAUUUAUUUAUUUUGCUGCUAGUCUUGUUUGUAUUGAGGUAACAUGUUUUCUUUUUUUCUUAAACUUGAUUUCCUUAGUAUAAGCUAGGUUUAAAGUCA